UUUCCAAUGUUACCUGAUUGUAAUAAUGUGAUGUGUGUGUUAAGGUUUUAGAAGCAUGAUGGCCAAGUGAAGAAGGGUCUGUUCGCCAAGCUUGCAGUAAUUGUUUGUCCUAGAGAUCAACUUUGACAUGUCUCAGAACAACCCAUCAAACCUUUUUCCUAAUCCUAAUUCAACUCCUGGAAGUACAGAAAGAGGAGGACAUUAUUCUACCAUCCCUCUCGAUUUCUACACCAAGGUGAUUUCUAAUACUGAAAAGAGAGGCUUCAAUUCUCAGGCAAAGAGAUUCCAAUAUCCUGAGAAUGAAAAUCCAGGGCCCGGACUUUAUAAUGUCAUCCAUCAAUCUAUGCUUCUCAGCAAUGUCUCCCAGUCUCAGAAAGGAACCUGUUUUUUCCCUUCCUUGGAUGUCCGGAUCGCUCACCAGAGAAUUCCCAACUAUCCUGCUUCAAAUGCUUAUGACCUCCCACCUACUCUGCAUUCCAAGAGAGACUUCAGCCUGGGGUACUCUAGCAUGUUUCAUCCACCAUUCACCAGGAAGAUUUCCAAGAGGGCCACACCAGCUCCCAACCAAUAUGAUAUUUCAUUGGAUCUUUGCGCACAGAACUGCAGCGUUGGUGCCAGGUCUGUCUUCUCAUCGAAAACAAAACGAGAGUUGUCACUCAGCAGCGAGGGACAAAUGCCUUCGCCAUGUCACUACCAAAUUAAAGACUCCCUGAUAAAGCAGUCUUCUCCAGUGCUGGUGUCCUGCUUUAGAUCCAAAACAGGUCGUACAACCAAUCCAGAAACCCUGAGCCCAGGACCAGCAGCCUAUCAGCAGCCAGCUGAAACCUCAAUUGGACCAUCAAAGAGAUUCUCCAGACGGAGAAAGUGCAUCUUGAAUUUCUCAGCCCCAGCUAUCCCUCCUCCACAAAAUCCUCCUUCACCAGGGCCUGGCCAAUAUGACAUAGUGGACUACAGUGGACCUCCUAAGCAUUACAUCUCCAGUGCUGUAUUUGUCUCAAACACAGACCGCUGGACGGAUGAUAAAUUCCACCAAGGCAUACCUGGACCAGGGGCUUACGAUCUCCCCAUUCCACGAAAACAAUCCUUCAUCUACAACAUCACCAACAAAUGGGUGCCAGUAUUAUAAAGCAAGGGAUCCCACAAGGUUGGUUUUGGCGGGGUCUGUUUUUACAUCGUUGAAAAUCCUGUAUUUCUUUUGAAUGGUGGACCAUUCGUUUUUCAUUUUUACUGUAUCGUAUGAUUGAAAAAGAGUUUUGGACAGAAAA